AUGCGCACCAAACCGGGUAGGACUGCUUCGGCCAAAACUAUAGGCAGUCUGAUUAUGCAUAGGUAUGAAGGGGUUAAGGAAGGGCCGAAAUGCAAUGAUAUAAUACAGAUUAUGCUUAUGGAUCAUGGCUGUGAGAUCACGAAAUCUUUAGCAUGGGAUGCUCGUGAAUAUACGGUUAAUGCUGUUAGAGGUAUACCAGAGAGAAGUUAUGGAAAAAUACCGAAAUACUUGCACAUGCUGAGAGAGGUUAAUCUGGGUACACAUUCAUUGUAUGAGAUUGAUAGCAAAGGGAGAUUUCGGUACUUGUUUAUUGCAUUUGGGCAAUCGAUACGAGGAUUUAACAGAGUCAUAAGGAGGGUUAUUGUGAUUGAAGGCACUUUUCUGAAGAACAAAUACAAAGGAGUUCUAUUGGUUGCAACUGUCGUAGACGGAAAUUCUAAUUUGUAUCCUCCUGCAUUCGGAGUAGUCGACUCAGAGAGUGAAAAUUCUUGGGAAUGGUUUAUGAGACAACUAAAUAUUGUCAUUGCUGAUGAUCAUCAUUUGGAUUUCAUUUCAGACAGACAUGAGGCCAUUGCUAAGUCGCUUGAGACUGUGUAUCCAACAGCUAAACAUGGUAUUUGCAUUCAUCAUUUGUUGAAUAAUGUGGUAACAUAUUACCAUGGGAAAGGACUUGUUGGGUUGGUUGCAAAGGCGUCCAAGGUUUAUAGAGUUGCUGAGUUUGAAAAGAUAUUUCCUAAUGUGUGUAAUAUCAGUCCGACAAUUGGAAAAUACCUAAGGGAUGCUGAAGUACAAAAGUGGGCAAGAUGUCAAUUCUCUGGAUAUAGAUAUGACAUAAGGACAACAAACCCUGCCGAAUCCAUCAACUCUGCUUUGCGUUCGCCGAGAGAGUAUCCAAUCAUUCCCUUGUUGGACAGUAUCAGGGAAAUGCUGACUCGGUGGUUUUAUAACCGUAAGAAAAAGAUUUCAAAGCAUAAUCAUCCUCUUACCAUAGAUGUGGAGAAAAAGAUUGAAAGGAGAACCGAGAAAGGGAAAAGAUUUGCAGUUUACCCUGUCAGCGAUGGUCGAUUGCUUGUUAGAGGUGAUAAAAUCGACUGCUUAGUUGAUUUGGAUAGACACAGCCACACACAUUAA